AGUGUGAUGCACACGGUGUGCUUACUAAAAGCACAACGAAGAGAGCUCUUUUUAACAAUUACUGCUAGUUCCACGCGGAAUAGGGAAAAAUAGUUCCGGUGAAAUAAAAUCGCCUGAGAUUCACAUGCUCUUCCUUUCCAAGUGAAUGCCGAAGUCGCGAACGGACCAUGUCUAGCGGUUCUGCUGAUUAUAACAGCUCUAGAGAUCGAGACCAUGGAGGGCCGGAGGGAAUGGAGCCUGACGGUGUCAUCGAGAGCAACUGGAAUGAGAUCACAGACAACUUUGAUGAUAUGAAUUUAAAGGAAACACUCCUUCGUGGAAUUUAUGCUUAUGGUUUUGAGAAGCCUUCUGCUAUUCAACAAAGAGCAAUUAUUCCUUGUAUAAAAGGUUAUGAUGUGAUUGCUCAAGCCCAGUCGGGCACUGGCAAAACAGCCACAUUUGCCAUCUCCAUCCUGCAGCAGUUGGAGAUUGAGCAGAAAGAGACCCAGGCUCUUGUCCUAGCCCCGACCCGAGAGCUUGCUCAGCAGAUUCAGAAGGUCAUUUUGGCCCUGGGUGACUAUAUGGGUGCCUCAUGCCAUGCAUGCAUCGGUGGUACCAAUGUCCGCAACGAAAUGCAGAAACUACAAGCUGAGGCUCCACACAUUGUUGUGGGGACACCAGGUCGUGUGUUCGACAUGCUAAACAGGAGGUUCCUCUCUCCUAAAUGGAUCAAGAUGUUUGUCCUGGAUGAAGCAGAUGAAAUGCUAAGUCGUGGCUUCAAGGAUCAGAUCUAUGAAAUUUUUCAGAAGCUGAGCACAAACAUUCAAGUUGUGCUUCUCUCAGCCACCAUGCCCGCGGAGGUGCUGGACGUCACCACCAAGUUUAUGCGGGAGCCUGUCCGAAUCCUGGUGAAGAAGGAGGAGCUCACCCUGGAGGGUAUCAAGCAGUUCUACAUCAAUGUGGAGAGAGAGGAAUGGAAAUUGGACACGCUCUGUGACCUCUACGAGACUUUGACAAUUACCCAGGCUGUCAUUUUCUUGAACACGAGACGGAAGGUGGACUGGCUGACUGAAAAGAUGCAUGCAAGAGAUUUCACUGUGUCUGCACUGCACGGAGACAUGGACCAGAAAGAACGGGACAUCAUCAUGAGAGAGUUUAGGUCUGGUUCCAGCAGAGUGCUGAUUACAACAGAUUUAUUGGCACGUGGUAUUGAUGUGCAACAAGUUUCACUUGUCAUCAACUAUGAUCUUCCAACGAACCGAGAAAACUACAUCCAUAGAAUUGGCCGAGGAGGUCGUUUUGGCAGGAAAGGUGUCGCCAUCAACUUUGUUACUGAAGAGGACAAAAGGAUACUGCGAGACAUCGAGACGUUUUACAACACGACUGUUGAGGAGAUGCCCAUGAAUGUUGCUGACUUGAUUUAAACUCUGGAGAUUUUAAUGCAGGGAUAGCUGUUGAAUAAUCACUUGCAUUUGCGCUUAUUUUAUUGGAAGAAUAAAACCUCUUCUCAAUGCUGGCUGUGGAUCAGACUUGCAAAUUCGAUACGUGACUCUUCUACGUGGACGGUUAACUCCAUAUCAGUUCUUACUGGUAGUGGUGUUUACAGAACAUGGGUUCUUUAAAUGUAUUCUUUAUCAGGUAUUUUCUCCCUAGUAUGUUCAAAAUCUAUGUAUUAGAUGUUCUUCACCGUUUAGUAAUUUACUUGUGGACUAAAAGAUACAAGUGCUGCAUCAAAUCUGCCAAUUAUGUUAUGCUAACAUAUGUGUGCAGUUUAACUUGGUUCACUCAUCCUCCCAUGUCAGUAAAGCAAAGGCACUUUUUUUGUUGAAUGUAUUAUUUAAUUGUAUAUUGUUUUAUCAAGUACUUCUUUGUGUGAAGUCCUCCUCAAAAGUGGGUCUUAACAUUUAAAACAAUGUUUCAUGUAGUAUUUGGCUCAUUUGACAAUAAAGAGGAUAGUGAUACUCCAA